GAAAAAUUAAAGCAGAAAGCCAGUUGGGAGAAGGAAGUACAUUUUGGUUUACAUGGAAUAUAGAAUUAUUAUUCCCGAUUACACCAACUAUUUCAAAACUUCCAACUUCCUCAUCAUUCGAGGCACAAUUUGAUAAGCAAAUAAACUACACAUUACCUAAUUUUAUAAGAAAAAAACGAAUACUAAUAAUUCACCCAGUUAAAAAUAUGAGAAAUGCAAUGUUGACAUAUUUUAAAAUUGUUGAAAAAGUUGAUGCAUUCAGUACCUUUGACGAAGGUAUUAAAGCUGCCAAAACAUAUAAGGAAUUGCAUAAUCAAUCUGCUUAUGAUAUAGCAUUCAUCGGCCUUUAUGAAGAUAAUGAAGAAGAAGUCAUGAAAGCAUCAUUAAAGUUAAAGGCAUUAGAUAUGGAUAGUAAUAGAUUAGUUAUAAUUUUUAUAGUAUUUCCGAGUAAUGAAGGAAAUGGGUUGGCAAGAAAAUUAAUUAGAAAGCUUGGGAGAAUCACCUCUGUUAUUUAUACUCCAAUUACAUUAAAAAAGUUAAUUAAUCAAAUCAUUCACCUGGAAAAAAACAUUGCAACUGAUAAAAAUACAAAUAUUCUAAAGCGAGUAGCAGAUUAUGAACUUUAUAAGAUUGGAGAUGCGAACCAAGAUAUAUAUGAGGAAGUAACUGAAAGAGAUUUCGGGAGAAAAUGUGUUUUAUGUGUGGAUAAUGAUUCUAUAAGUUUAGAGAACACAUUGCAACAAAUUUCGAAUCUUGGUUAUUCAACUAUCUCUGCGGCAAAUGGCCAAGAAGCGGUCAGAUUGAUUGAUUCUGAUGUUAAAUUAUUAAGACAUUCGUACUCGAAUUCAUCAAAUUCAGAAAUAAAUCAAAUGAAAUCUUGCAGAAUAUCGUUAAUAUUAACUGAAUGUAGUUUGGCAAUAAUGUCAGGGUUUGAUGUUUCACGAGCAAUUAGAGCAAUGAGACCACCAAUUUCAAAUAUACCGAUUAUUGUCCUAACUUCUUUAUCCGUGAAAGAAAUACAAAACGGAUAUAUCGAGUCAGGAAUAAAUGAUUAUCUCGCGAAACCACUGAAAACUGAUGAACUUGAAAAAGUUUUAACUAAGUGGAUUG